AUGGCGAAUCAUUCAUCUCCUCAAGGAAGCAGUCAUUCAACAGCGCCGACACUAUCUCAGCAACCAACGUUGGUAACAACGUCUACCCCUACCCUGCCACCACCAGGGGAAGCAUUCAAGACUGCUCUCAAGAAGUUUCGCGCGCGACUCACGGGAAAAGACCUGGCUGCGUUCCAAAUCACCACUUACGACGAUUUGUGUCGCGAAAUAGUGCGCAUUCAAAAUGAACAAGAUACUCGCAGGGAGAUGAUGAAUCUUGCUCGAAUGCAGUCUUGCCUGGAAGCAAUGAAUCAGUUUGGGAAAGUCAUCGAAGUUUUUUUGAAUGUCUCAACAGCUGUUGCUUUUGUCUGGGGACCUAUGAAACUUUUGUUGAUGACUGCUAGUGAAUUCACAGACUCAUUCGAGGCCUUACUAGGAGCCUAUGAGCAGAUCGGUGAGCAGAUGCCUCUUCUUUCUGAAUACGAAUCGUUGUUUCACCAAAGUCCACACAUGAUCAACGCUCUGGAGUUGAUGUACAUCGAUAUCCUGGAUUUUCAUCAACACGCGAUGCUUUCGUUUUCGGGCAGCAAUUGGAAACGAUUCUUUCGAUCCAUUAUCGCUCAAUAUCGAAGAUAUCAAGAAGAUAUAGCAGAUCUCAAAUCGAAACUGAACAAGACGAUCUCGGAGGAGCAACAAAAGAAAUUGAGAGCGGUCAAAGAAUGGCUUGCAGUUGGACAGCAAAUACACCAAGACCAUGUCAGCUUCUGUGACAUUAGGAAACAGUACUCCUCAACCGCGAGAUGGAUUUUGAAACAUGAGUUCGUGAAAGACUGGAUGGGUGCCGAUGUGCCACCUACCCCGGUUUUAUGGAUAAAUGGCAUACCAGGCGCAGGCAAAACGAUCUUGGCUUCUGCCAUCAUCGACGAAUGCAAGCAGAAGACUGAUUUCAACACUAGCUUUUUCUACUGCCGCGAAGAAGAUCAUACAAGCAACUCCGCCGUCGGAAUCCUGAAAGGGAUCGUGGAACAACUCCUCGAUCAGCAUCCGCAGCUUCUUCCUGCAUGUUACGCAAGAUACAGUUCCAGUGGCGAGCCGUCACUUCGUUCUCUUAGUCAGGCUAAGAGACUCGUGGAAGACUUUUGCUUCACUGACGUGAAGACGUUUGUUGUUGUCGAUGGACUCGACGAAUGUGAACCAGUUGAGAGAAAACAGCUGUUGGAUAUUUUGGUGAACAUCGUGGGUGUAUGCGAUACGCAUGAGCCAGGAAAGCUACGCAUGCUUUUAGUCAGUCAAGACUACUCAGACAUUCGAAGGGCACUUCACAGCUCUGCGGUGACAAGGCUGACGCCAAGGAUUGUUCAGAUCUCUGAUACAGACAAUGAGAGCGACAUCCGCGCAUACGUGCGGUUUGAGGUGGAUCGCAUAGCUUCAAAACACUCUCCCAUCACUGACGACAUGAAAGAAUAUGUCCGAAACCUCACAGUGGCGAACGCAAAAGGAAUGUUUCUAUACGCUAAAUUGGUCAUGUGCAACCUAUACGCGCAGCCUACACGAAAUGGUUUGAUCGAUGCCAUCAAGACGACCAAUUUCCCGAAUGGGUUGGAAGAAGCGUGGGAAAUUCAGGUUGCUCUUUCACUCAACACAGACAAUCAGACGAUCGAAUACAACGACCGACAUCUACGGACACACAUACACGACAUUUGCGGAGCCCUAGUACUGCUUUGUGGAGACCAUGUCUCCCUUGUACAUAGCACAGCAAGAACUUACAUCACGAAUGUCACAAAAGAAAUUCACGAACCAUCCAUUGAGUGCGAAUUCGCAAUUCUAUGUCUCCAGUAUUUGACAUUCCCAUGCUUCGACACCGAGCAAUGCAACGACCAACACGAGCUUCGACAGCUGACAUUGGAGGGCCACUUUGGAUUCCAAGACUACGCGGUUGCAAAAUGGUUCCACCACGUGAAUGCUUUCGUGAAUACUGGCCAACGACUUCUAGGUGAAGCGAAUGAUCUAGACACUCGUCUCGAAGCCCUGUCACACGCCCUCGAUGAUUUCAUGGCCAGGUAUGAUGAAGUGGAUUGGGACGACGGUCUCGUAGAAGAAUGUAAAACGAGUUGUAUGGUGUUCCAAGCGCUUCCACUCUACGAAAACUUACUUCUUCUAUCAAGCCACAUCUACGCCUUCCAAAAGAAAGGUUUCGAAGCGAGACACAAGGUCAGCAUCAAAGGCUUAGAUUCAGCACUCCAACGUAAUCGUAAGGUUCUCGAGGAUCUUCCCAAGCAGCUCAGCACCAGCGAACUCGUUCUCUAUCGCCAAUUCUACGACGAGGAGAGGAGAUACAAGUGUACUAAGAUCACCUGUAGAUACUUCUCCGAAGGUUUCAAAGAUGAGAAGGCCAGGAAACGACAUGUCAACAUCCACGAGCGUCCAUUCCAAUGUGAGGUUUCAGAUUGCCUAGGAGCAGAGGGCUUUGCGAAUCCUAAGGACCUGGAAAAACACACUCGAGCUUUUCAUCCCGAAUUGAGUGAUCUCGCGGAGAAGUUUCACACUGCAACUGUCAAACAUGCGACGAGCCAUGCUUGUUCGAUCUGUGGACAGACGUUUACUCGUAACUUUCAUCUCAAAAAUCACGAGUUGAGCCAUCGUGGGCUAAAACCACACGAGUGCCCCGAAUGCGGAAGAGCGUUUACUCGACUGAACGACUGCAAACGACAUCGAAAAUUGCACGACCGGAGCUAG